CAUUGCGUUUGAAAUUAUAUUUUUAAAAAGGAAACAUCUAUUAUUAUCCACCGGCGAGGUAAGGUUUUGGAGCCUUUCAGCGCGAGAGGGAAUCCCUCGACGUCACCAAGGAUACCAAACACAACAGCAGUGCACAAAUAUGGGCAUGUACGUCAGCGGAACCCCGAGGCGGGACUUAAAUGCCUCGGUUGUAGGCUUACCCAAGGAGGAUUCAUUCAUAAGACAAAAUCGGCUUGUUUGUACCGUAAUUUCAUCUUGCAUCCGCCGGGUCUCGCCGCCAAACGGACUUUAUGGAUCUAUCGCAGUAAGGAAGGGCGGAACCGAGGACAUUUAUUUUGUUUGCGGGGAAGUGGAUUAAAAGUUUCUUCAUGCAACUUUUUUGGAAAGACAACAGGAGCAGCUCACCCGGAACCAGCAAAAAGACUACUAACGGUGCCACGCUCCCUUUCGGUCCCCCCGGGGAAAUGUACCAAGGGUUCCCCGGCGACCACGACAGCGGUUCCCGUGGAAGCUCCUCUCCGUCCAUAGAGUCCCAGUACCUCUCCUCCGUGGACUCCUUUGGUAGCCCGCCGACCACCAGUGCUCCUCAGGAGUGUGUGUCAGCCGGACCUGGCUUGAGCAUUGUGGGUAGCGGGCCAACAUCCAGUGCCGGAGGGGAGAUGCCCGGCUCAUUUGUGCCGACCGUCACUGCCAUCACCACCAGCCAGGACCUGCAGUGGAUGGUUCAGCCCACGCUCAUCUCCUCCCAGGCCUCGGGACAGAGUGGCACCACUGGCACCUCCACCAUGACCCAGCCGGUGUUACUGGUUGACCCGUAUGACAUGCCGGGUCCGAGUUAUUCCUCCGGGUCUCGAUUCACCCCUCCGAGUUCAGACACUCCCGGUCCGACUCCGGGCCCCAUCCGCCAGUCCAGGGCCCGUAGUCGUCGCACACGAGACGAGUCUGUGAGUGAAGACGGAGAUGUUGGUGUGUUACUGUCUCCAGAGGAGGAAGAAAAGCGCCGUGUCCGUCGAGAGAGGAACAAACUGGCUGCGGCCAAAUGCAGAAACCGGAGACGGGAGCUCACAGACAGACUGCAGUCGGAGACCGAUAACCUGGAGGAGGAGAAGGCCGAGCUGGAGGCCGAGAUCUCUGAGCUCCAAAAGGAGAAGGAGCGCCUGGAGUUUGUCCUGGUGGCCCACCAGCCCAACUGCAAGAUCCUGUACCAGGAGCAACCCCAGCCAAGCUCGGCGCCGCUGCCCGCCCCGACCUUACAAGCCCCUCCCUCCAUUGUGAGCUUGGCGGUGAAGGAAGACUCUUUCUAUCUUCCCGCCACAUACACAACGGGCCACCCGGCCUCCUCACAGUCGCAACAGCAGCAAGUCCAGCAACAGCCUCAGCCGGGGAUGAUGCAGGAGGUAGAGUUUUCUCGUUCUUUCUAUGGCCCGAGUGAGGCUUUGGCGCCUGGCGGGCUGUGCCUCAUGGCCGGCGACGGUGGUGGUGGUGGUGGUGGUAACCAUGACAAUGCGGCCAUUGCCAGCCACAGCACCUCAUACACAUCUUCAUUUGUGUUCACCUACCCAGAGGGAGCCUGCGGGGUCAGUGCCAACCAUCGGAACAGCAGUAGCGAGCAGUCAUCUGAUUCCUUGAACUCGCCUUCUCUGCUGGCGCUCUGACUGACCGACAAAACACGCGCAUAUCUUACUUACGCUUGCUGACAGUACGGGGUGACGCCCCCCACUUUGAGCAGUCUUACAGAUUGAGUAAAAGACACCAAAAAAAAUUGAAAGCAUUCCGAGAAAGAGCCGUGCCAACUGAGCGUGGCGGUGGAAUUGCUGUCAAUCAAACAAAUCAACAUUAUGAUACGCAUUUAGACUCGACUCGGUCAUCAGAAAACUGCACCUGUGCCCCCACCUUGUUCCCUCUGAGCGUCGUCCCGCCUUCGCUCAUCCGCUCUUCCAUCCCUCCCUCCCUCCUCUUUUGACCAAAAGGAGGAGAGAUAGUCGCACUCACCACCGCUAUCCCUUCAUCCACUUUUGCUUGGAAGGGGUCUGCUUCUCUUUUUUUUUUUUUUUAACAAUUCCUCUGCCGUGCCAGCAUCUCUUUUUCUCUUCUUCUGUCUCUUGUGUUUCUCCCCCUCUCUCUCUCUUUCUGAAGUCCUCGACUCCCGAGAGCCCGAAGACCCCCGAGAGCCCUUGGAACCUUGAGUGAAAACACACAAACACCACCUUAACCGUUCGGUUAAGAUGCAGAACUCCUGGAUCAGGAUUCUGGAUUCCUAAAAAGCUCACCUGAGACGCCCUCACUGGGAGCUGCAGCCGGAUGCUUGCACACACGGACACAAGGUCGAUGCAAAAUAAAAAAAGUAAGAUGGAGGUCUUUGAAGGAGCCACACUAUGAUGUUGUGUGGAUCUGAAGACAAAGGAAGAAGUGCUGGGAUGAUGGAUGACACCCAUUCUGUCCAUGGAUGUUUGUUGUUGUGAGCUCAAUGCAAAGCUAAAAAAACACAUAAAAAAAGAACAAGAUCCUGCUCUAGCCAAUUUUUAUGGCAGCUUGACCCUUUAAAGACGUCAUCAUCGCUUUUGCAUUGUGUGUCGUCCCCCCACCCUCGACGUGAAGAUCCAGACAACCUCCAAAGCAUUGGGCACCUGCCCUGUUUAUUUCUUUCUUGAGUGAGGUUGUAUUGGCGACUAAGCACAAACAGCAAAGACCCAGAAAACAAAAAGAGGAGAGCAUCCCGGGGGGGCCGACGUUGUGUUGAGCGUCCUCUCUCUUUGCCUGUGAAUUUGUACCAUUUGUUUUUUUCCUUGUACGUUCCAGUUCCAGUGACACGUGUUACAUAUUUUCAUGUCUUUUUUUAUGUGUUUGAUUGUUCUGCUUUUACUCGUGCCUUGUUCUAUUGCCCCCGAACCUCCAGCUCUUAUUGUUGCAUUGUACUAUUUUUUUCUAUGAUUUGAUUGUGUUUCAUGUGGCAACUUUGGAGGCAUGUUGUGCACACGUUUUUUAAAAAAAGCUUUUACGUCAUGUAUAUAUACUAUAUAAGUGUAUGUAUUAUGAUUGUUGAGUAUGAAUGUCUUGCAGAUGGAAAACGGAUAUUUUUGAAGAAGAAUCUGAUGUAACUGAGGUUUAAAAUGAAUAUUUUUCUAAGACAAUGGAAAUAUAUAUAUAUGAUAGAUUUCAAACAGAAAUAGCCGUGUCCCUUAACACAAAGCACUAUGUUUCUUGCAAUGUGUAUUUAUGUUUUAUAAAAGCGCCGAUGUAUGUUGAUACGUAAACGAUGACGUUCGAAGGUUGUGGUGUGACGCCUUUUGUUUUGUCUGUUUUUCCUCUGUGAGGUCUGACCCAGAGCUACUGUUGCUGCCGUCUUUGGUCGAGCCAAAAUGACAAAAAAACAAAUGUUACGACCGGUCAGACCAUGUUGAAGUUACAUUUGCAGACCAUAUUCUUAAUGCACUUCAAGUUAUUGUUCCGUAAUGAGCUCAAAUAAUAUGUAUUUGAAGGACAAGCAUAUUCAUUCAUUUCCGUAUUUAUGAUGAUAGUUUGCUUUAUUUUGAAUAAAUGCACAAUUUAAACCCAAUUUCCAAUCAAAUGUGGCUUCAGGUGCUCAGACAAUGGGUGGACCUCGCUUUGUUAAGUUAUUAACAACUGUAUUUAGAUGUUGAAGAUACCUUUUUUUUUUGUUUCGCUCCAAGAUGCAAAUGUGAUAAGAAUAUGUUCUGGUGUCGGAAUAAGCAUAAAACAUAUUCACUAGUUCUCAUGUAUAUAGAUAUUUCUUUCCUUGUGGUGCUACGUUCCAAUAAUGACAAAAAAGAGGACUUCAUGUCGUAUGGUGCCACAGCUUACAUUGGCUCCAGCCAAUAGCAGAAGUAGUGAUUUCAGUGCAGUGCGAUCUCCUGUAGUUGCGUCAUAAACUCAAUAUUGAUAUUAACACGCACCAUUAAAUGUGUGAACUACACCUGAGAGGCCCUCGCACUGAACACACACCAAUCAUUUAUAUAUUGUUUUUUGGAUUUACAUAUUUCUUUUCAUGAAUACAAGAAAGUGACCUAAAAAAUGGAGGCACGUUUAUCAACACUAACUAACCAACCUGCUUGUACUGUACACAACGGCUGUGACAGCAUCAACUGAACAAGAGUUGCUCCUAUUUUUCUACAUGAUGCUUUGACUGUUGCAAUGUAUUUUUUUUAUCAUUCCAUACUCGUCACAUAUCCAGUCGUUAUUGUUGAUUUGAAAUGCAAUACCUGCGAUGAUCUUGGAUGAACAUAAUGUAGCAAAAUCUUAAGUUGGGGGUCAAACUGCGACCAUACAGUAUGUCCAGUGUGAUGAUGUAUUGCUUUGAAUAUUCAAAUUUAUUCUCACAAAUUUAUUGCAACAGUUACCUUUGUUUUGUGUCACUGUUUCAUCUGUUUCGCUUAUCAUGAUAUUGUAUUUUUUUCAUAAUUGUCACAUUCAAUACAAUAAUAACGAUAUAAAGUACAUGUUAUGUUUACAGCAGUGAAGAGCCAAAGAUAUUUUGUUGGAUAUGAUGUAUUAUUUUUCUCUGCGUAUACAUAAUGUCAAAUACCUGUAUUCAUUAUUUUUCUAGUUUUAAUGUCAGGCUUAUUAUGCUUGAAGUGGGCCAACAUAUAUGAAAAAUAUUUGAAUAUGUAGUCUCAACUCCACAAUCCCACUUCAAACGUCUGUUCACAUAAUAACUUACAGUAUAUACAGUACUUUGUCUCCAAAAUUCAAUUGGAAUAUAAUCAAAUAUCUACCUAAUAUAAUAUUUUCAGUCAAUUAUCCAAAUCCAGUAAAUUUCCACAUUUUUGAGACUGUGGGUGGUGGGUAACUACUUGAAAUGUUAACAGAAUUAUUUGCUAUUUACAAUAAAUUGAAAUCCACAAUAAACUGACCAAUUAAUAAAUAACA